AUGGGUGUUAUUCUUAUUUGGUUUGCUCUUCAAACACCAGCGUCACAACAAAAUACAUUUCAAUUUUUAUUUAACCUUGAACAAAUCAAAAUUCAUCUUUGCAACCAUUUACCUACUAAUAUGAAUGAACAAAUAAACAAAGCGGUCGAUUUCUAUCAACGAACAAAUCAACGUAAUGGCAUAUAUUGUAAGCAAUUAGAAUUAAGUGAUUCAUCAUGGAACAUGUUUAUUCAACGUAUACUUAUUGGUAUUGAUAGCGCCGAAAAUUAA